UGCGCAAGAAAUCAGUAUCGCACUUCCGAAUUGUUUACAGGAGUGGGAAUCCAAACGGUGUAUACAUAAACGAUUAUAAAAUAGUCAAGUGAAAGCGCGCGAUUUCCAAUUUUCUUAGAACGGGGUCCGUAAAGAAGAUUACGUUUUAUCGCCGGUGGGAAUAGUAUGCGAAGAUUGAGCAUGAAGAGCAAACGUAGGAAGUCUGAAACGAUGAGCGACAACAGUUCGGAGGAAAAUGGCGUCUCCCCUUCUACGUCCGACAACGACGAACUGAAAAAAGGAAGGGACGACGAAAUAAAGAAAGGAAAGGACGAAGAAUACAUGGAUAACUCACGAAAAGGUACACCGAGAAAACGACAAUCUCGUGGCCGACAUAACGUCAAAGAAGUCGACGAAAGUGAAGAUGAUCGAACAACUGAAGAAGAUGAAAAUAAGAACACUGGGAAGGGUGGAGCGAACAAACGAUUGAAAAAGGAGGAUCUGAAGGAGUCCCCUUCGAUAAAAAAGGAUGGGAACGUUGAAAAGGAGUAUGAGGUUCAGAAAAUUGUUGGACAACGUACUAUUAAAGGCAGGCGACAGUUCUUAGUGAGAUGGAAAGGAUAUGAUGAAGAUUCCGAUACUUGGGAACAAGAAAAAGACUUGAACUGUCCAGAACUUAUUGAAGACUUUUUAGCAGAAGAAGAAUCACAAAGUGAUGAGGACAAAUCUAAGAAAACUGAUACUCUUUCAAAAGCAUCAAAAACAAAAUCCCCAAAAGUAGACAGAAAGUCUAAGAAGUCAAAGGUUAAUCUAAAGAAACAAAUUGCAAAUGACGUGGAAACAGCUGAUUCAGAUGAGGAAAAGAGUGAUGAGAAUGAACAGAAGGAGUUUGAAGUUGAAAAGAUUAUAGAAGUACAUUUUAAGAAGAACAAAACGAGACAAUUUCUAAUUCGUUGGAAAGGAUUUACAGCGGCAGACGAUACAUGGGAACCAGAAGAGAAUUUAAAUUGUCCUGAACUCAUUGAGAAAUUUAUGCAAAAAGUAGAAAAAGCUAAAACCACCGACUUACGCGAACUCCGGGCUAAUCGUCCUCAUACAAAACGAUACACAUUAACCACACACGAUUCCGGAAGAAGAUUAUCUCGCCGAAAUAUGGAUAAGCAGAGGGCUACGUAUCAUGAAUGUGAUGAAUAAAUGAUCAAAGCAUGUCAAGACACAGACAAGAC